AACUAUCGUUUCCUCUCACCCCCUCUGCAUCGUCUCCCUCCAAGCCUGCUAUGGCUAAUCUCGCAGACAUACCUCUGUCUCUCCCGCCAAAACACUCACUUCUCCCUUUCAGUACCAACAACGGACUGAACAGGCCGUCAAAACUCUGUCUCCGGUGCUCAAUCGCUGAUCAAUCGAACGCUACAAUUUCCCCCACCGGAAACUCCCAGCUGUCGGUUGAUUGUGUGAUUGUGGGAGGCGGAAUUAGCGGUCUAUGCAUCGCUCAAGCUCUCUCCGUCAAGCACCGUCACAUCGCUCCCAAUGUGAUAGUCACCGAGGCUAGAGAUCGCGUUGGCGGCAACAUCACAACUAUCGAAAGAGACGGUUAUCUCUGGGAAGAAGGUCCAAAUAGUUUCCAGCCCUCCGAUCCUAUGUUGACCUUGGUGGUCGAUAGUGGGCUGAAGGAUGAUUUAGUUUUGGGGGAUCCUAAUGCGCCGCGUUUUGUGCUUUGGGAUGAGAAAUUGAGGCCAGUCCCGUCAAAGCUCAUAGACUUUCCUUUUUUUGACUUGAUGAGCAUCCGUGGGAAAUUUAGAGCUGCAUUUGGUGCUCUCGGAUUUAGACCUUCACCACCAGGAUAUGAGGAGUCAGUUGAAGAUUUUGUCCGUCGCAAUUUUGGUGAUGAAGUUUUUGAACGCCUGAUUGAGCCUUUUUGUUCAGGUGUUUAUGCAGGCGAUCCUUCAAAACUUGGUAUGAAAGCAGCGUUUGGAAGAGUUUGGAAAUUAGAGCAAAUUGGCGGGAGCAUAAUUGGCGGCACUUUAAAAACAAUCCAGAAGAAGAGGAAAACCUCAAAGCCUAGUCGAGACCCGCGCUUACCAGAACCAAAGGGUCAGACAGUAGGAUCCUUUCGAAAGGGACUUAUAAUGUUACCUGAUGCAAUUGCCAAAAGGUUGGGCAGCAACAUUAAAUUGUCUUGGAAGCUCUCAAGUAUAUCUAAAUUGGACGGUGGAGGGUAUAAUCUAGCAUAUCAAACUCCUGAAGGGUUUGUUUCUCUACAGACCAAGAGUGUUGUACUGACAGUUCCCUCCUACAUUGCGAGCAAUUUGUUGCAACCUCUUUCUGCUGUAGCUGCUGAUUCCCUAUCAAAAUUUUAUUACCCACCAGUUGCAGCUGUAUCUGUUUCUUACCCAAAAGAAGCAAUACGGACAAAUUGCUUAAUAAAUGGUGAGCUUAAGGGGUUUGGCCAGUUGCAUCCACGCAGCCAAGGGGUUGAAACCUUAGGCACUUUAUACAGCUCAUCACUUUUUCCUAAUCGAGCACCUGAAGGAAGGGUUUUGCUUCUGAACUACAUUGGUGGGGCUACCAACCCUGGGAUUUUGUCUAAGACGGAGGGUGAACUUGUGGCAGCAGUUGACCGUGAUUUGAGGAAGAUGCUCAUAAAACCAAAUGCUAAGGAUCCGCUUGUUCUUGGUGUGAGAGUGUGGCCUCAAGCGAUUCCACAGUUCUUGGUGGGUCAUUUGGAUAUCCUAGAAGUGGCAAAAAGUGGUAUCCGAGAUGAAGGCUUGAAAGGACUGUUUCUUGGGGGUAGCUAUGUUUCAGGUGUAGCUUUAGGUCGAUGUGUAGAGGAAGCUUAUGAAGUUGCAGCUGAGGUGAACAAUUUUCUCUUGCAGCAAGCGUGCAUAUAAAUAGACAAUGAGAUUGUUUUGGGUUGGAGGGUUGGGCAGGGUCCAUCCAAUUAAUGUACCAGUAGAAACUAUAGUUUCCCUGUACCAGUUGCCUAUUCAAUUGCAAGCAUUGUUUGCUAGCGGAACAGAUGAUCCAUGAUAAUGCAAAACGUAUUUGGGCUUGUUUGGUAGCCAUAAUCGUUUGAUUCUCCAAUCAGGUUCAUAAAUGAAACAAGGGAAUUUUUCACACAUAAC